CGGAUGUUGUAACAGUCUCUUAUAUGUGAGACGUGUUUACUGCCUCGUAUCGUCGCUUACGCUUGACGCCUGACGGAAGAAACAAAUAAUUCACCGUAAAGCUCCUGCCUCCUUCCCUCUCUCUCUCUCUCUCUCUCUCUCUCUCUCUCUCUCAUGGCGGACAAGCCAAGCAGAGCUCUGGUAUUGUACGGAGAUGGGCUGGCGCGCGCAGUAAAUGCAUCUCACACCCAUCUCCAUUCUCUGGCAUCUCGAGCGUUCUGUGGCUUCUUGUCUCUCCCUCACUCGCCUCCUUCAGAAAUUGAGGAUGAAAGGAUUGUAAGGGAGUUCGCAGAACUUCUGGAUGCACAUGAAGCUUCUCUCAAUAUGAGUGGAGAAGAAACUGAUGAAGGAGAAUGUCAGAAGAAGUUGCCAACACAAAAAAUAUCAGAGAGGUUCAUGGGUAUGAGAGCUGCUAUAAUCACGAACAAUUUACAUUUGAAAUCAUUUGGAGGCAAACUUGGCUACACUAUUUUGCAACUUGGUGAAUUGAAAGACAAUAUUUGCCUCACUGAGCAGCCACUUGAUAUUAUGGCCUCUGAGUUGCUGAAAUGUCUUGGAUUUCUAGAGGGGAAGGCGUUAGAGACAAACCAAUUUGAUUUGGUUAUUGUGCAUUUUGGUGAAAGCACAAAUAAUGAAAAAGACACUACCAAUACCAAUGGUGUAGAAUGUAUCAAUGGCUUGGUUGGUGAGAUAAUGCAGUUAGCCAGACCUGGGUCUGAAAUUGGUUCCCGCCUGCACUUAUCUGUUGUGAUGAGCUACAGGGAUGUUUUGAAGGAGGAUGAAUACUAUUUUUCAGUUUUGGCAGAUAAAAGUGGGAAGGACCCUGAUCUUUCCUUGCUUUUCCCUCGUCAAAGUUACACAUUGAAAGCUGGUAAUCUGCGGACUAACACCAGGCACUAUUGCCCUAUGCUGAUUGCCCAGUGGCAGGAUGCUGUAACUCGAAUGGAUGAAGCAAAGACAUUUUCUUUUAAAGAAUUCAAAGAGAAAGGUGGAAUUCUCACUAUACCAGCGGAUAGGUUUCUGCACGAGGUAGCUUUUAAACUUUGGAAAGCUCCCAAGUACGGUGCAUGAGGCAAAAUUUUUGCGUAAGAGAUGAAACAAAGCUAAAAUUAUUCAACAGCAGCAUGGUGUAUGAAGAGGAAAGAGGGAGUCCUCUGCCUUCCUGAUUAUGUCACGUAAUUUUCACACUUGGAUUCUCACAUACCCACACUGAUGACUGUCAUUCAAUAAUAAAUUAUUGGUGUCAUUUUCUGCA